AUCACUCCGCCGCGGUCGCCAUGGAAACGGUUUACACGGAACUACUUGCGUAAGUUCUCCUGUUAAUUUCGAUCCGUCGAUUUACCGGCGACGGCGGGCAAACGUUCUCGAGUUUCCGAGUGUAAUAUCGACCAGUUUUUAAUUCGGCCGAAUCGCGGAGAUCCAUCCGUUGUUGAGAAUCCAAUUUUACAAGCGAUUUAGAUUCGCCGCAGAUACACUGUUGUAAGCCAUCCAUUGGCUCUCGUGGAACCGUCCGCAGCGGUAGAAUCGUCUGUUACGUCCGUUACCCGCAGGAAGAUAUUCGCCCUUUUCGAUGUUUAGUCGUGAUCGAGAUCAGGGUAGGGGCCGCCGAGGUGGCACUAUCAGAACAGGUACUAGUAGAGGAGGCAGCGAUAAUGGACGUGGACAUAUUGCUAGCAGAUUUGCUACACUUGGUAGGGGAAGCGCUAGUAAUAUACGAGGUGGAUUAAAGGGAAAGCAACCUGGUGGUGGUUUAAGAAAAGUAAACUGGGAUCUUCGUACUUUGGAACCACUACGCAAAGAUUUUUAUAUAGAGCAUCCUGCAGUCAGAAAUAGAUCUAAUGAAGAAGUAAGUCAAUUUCGCGAGAAUGCAGAAAUAUCUGUAAAGGGCGAAAAUGUUCCUAAUCCUAUACAAUAUUUUGAGGAGGGAAAUUUUCCGCCCUAUGUAAUGGAGGGUAUUCGUAGACAAGGAUAUUCACAACCUACUCCAAUUCAAGCACAAGGAUGGCCUAUUGCCCUUAGUGGUAGAGAUCUUGUUGCAAUUGCUCAAACCGGUUCCGGAAAGACACUUGGAUACAUUUUACCUGCAAUUGUGCAUAUCAUACAUCAACCACGCUUAAGUAAUGGAGAUGGUCCAAUUGUCUUGGUCUUAGCUCCAACUAGAGAAUUAGCUCAACAAAUUCAAGAAGUAGCUAAUUGCUUUGGAGAAACUGCAGCUGUAAGAAACACAUGUAUUUUUGGUGGUGCACCAAAAGGACCGCAAGCACAUGAUUUGGAGAGAGGCAUUGAGAUAUGCAUUGCUACUCCAGGUAGACUUAUAGAUUUCUUAGAAAGAGGGACUACAAAUUUACGUAGAUGUACAUAUCUAGUACUUGAUGAAGCAGAUCGUAUGCUAGACAUGGGAUUCGAACCACAGAUACGAAAAAUAAUUGAGCAAAUACGUCCUGACAGACAAGUUUUAAUGUGGUCAGCGACAUGGCCUAAAGAAGUUCGCGCCCUCGCCGAGGAUUUCCUAACGGACUAUGUUCAUCUCAAUAUCGGCUCUUUGACUCUAUCGGCCAAUCACAACAUCACUCAGAUCAUUGAUGUUUGUCACGAGUACGAGAAAGACUCGAAACUGUAUAGACUACUUCAAGAGAUUGGUACUGAAAAAGAGAAUAAAACCAUUAUAUUUGUGGAAACCAAACGUAAAGUGGAUGAUAUCACGAGAAACAUUAGACGCGACGGAUGGCAAGCCGUGAGUAUUCACGGUGAUAAANNNNAGCAGGAAAGAGAUCACGUAUUACAAGAAUUCCGCAGUGGAAGAGCACCGAUUUUAGUUGCGACCGAUGUAGCUGCUAGAGGUUUAGACGUGGAUGAUGUGAAAUACGUGAUAAAUUUCGAUUACCCAUCCUCAUCGGAGGACUACAUACACAGAAUCGGUCGAACCGGGCGUAGACGACAGACCGGAACGGCGUACGCGUUUUUCACGAGCCACAAUAUGAAGCACGCCGGAGACUUGAUAGAGGUGUUACGAGAAGCCGGACAGAAUGUCAAUCCACGCCUCAGUGAAAUGGCGGAAAUGGCUAAGGCGGGAAAUUUCAGCGGCAGAGGUGCAAAACGUUUUGGCACUUCUGGUGGUAACGGCACUGAGAGGGGUAAUGGUCGAAGAGGCAAUAAUGAUGGUAGAGGAAGAGGAGGUGCUUCGACAAGAGGAAGAGGUUCUACUCGCGGCGGAAGUUCUUAUCAAUCUUCUUCGAGUGUUUAUUCAGGAUCCGAUUACAAUAAUUAUAGCACUAUGAAACAAAGUUCUUCUUUGGGUCAGCAAAGCACGGCAUAUGGAUAUAGCACGCAGAGAAGCUAUGGACAGGGAAGUAUGCCUCAAAAUUACGGGGGUGGCGAUAACUAUGGAAGUGGUUAUCCAUACAGAGGCACAACUUAUUAAUCGCGUUUUUACACGAUCGAUAGCAUGUAAUAAUCUUUUCAAUGAUGUAUGAAAUGUGUCAUGUUUAGUUAUAGUAAAUUUGGUUGGAUGCGCACAGAUUAAAACCUGUCGUUGUCUGACAUAAAAGUUUUAAUAAUAAUAAGAAAAAUCACAGAAAACAAGGAAAAUAAAUUACGCGGCAUAAAGAAAACAUCUAUAUGAUAGUAAUUAUCACACUAUACUAUCAAGUGAAUAAUAGUCGAUUAAUGUUUGUAAGUCGACGAGUUAUUUGUCGAUCUAUCUGUUUGAUAAUGUAUUUGUUACAUGUAGUGUGUCCAUCCAUUUGCAUAUUUAACGCAGUAAGUAAAGCUAAAGAAGAAAGCCUUUGACACAAUUUUCAUGCAUUUGCAGCUAACUUUACAAAUCAAUAUUUAACAAGAAUAGAAGAGAAUAUGAGUUCCUACAUAAUAUUGGAGUGCAAUCACUCAAAAGUCAAAGUGUUUAUUCUUUCUUUGUUUAACAAAUUAUUUUAUAUUCUAUUUUACACAUGCAGUAGAUAAGAAUUUUAUUUAUAAAUUUUAUGAAACGUUACACAGAAAAUUACUGCAAGUAAUAUAUACAUUAUUACUGAUUGUGUAAUUAUUUUGUUUAUAUCAUAUUUUAUUGAUUGAUCUUAAUAAGUAAGUAAUCAUUUUAUUACAUGCAACAUAUAGAAAAUGAAGAGAAAGUUGUGUGAGUUGGAGAUGUUUGCAUCACAUAUAGUUGUGUGCAAUACUUGACCAAAGAUGUUUAUAAAGUAAUUUAAUAUUGUAAAGUAUGUUUAACUAUUACUACUUUUAUGUUUUACUAUUACAGUAUUAUAGUUUUGUUGUUAUUAUCUUUUAAUAGUAAUAGUGAUCUUUAAAAGAAUCUGUUUCAAAAAACGAAGAUUAAAGAUUAUUAAUUUUAUUUAAUUUCUACAGCUUAGUAGUGCUAUUCUUAACAUUUUAUUUUAAUUACUUACUUAAAUUCUUGAAUAAAAAUAAUGUUUAAUGUACCAAGAUUUUUUAGUAUCGAUAUUAAACAAUUGCCGUUGUUACAUGCCAUUAAAAAAUGGCUAAGGAAAUGUGAUAUUUGUCAAUGAAUCUGCGGAAAAAAAUGCGAUUGACACUAUGUAUAUGAAUAUUGAUUUCUUUUGUUUUAAUGGAGAAAUAUGAAUGCUCUGUGACUAUAUCUAGUCUUGUAGCAAAUUUGAUUGACUGUAUUAGUAAGCAUAAUAAAUGCUAAAAGCUGUCAUAAAUAAAAUAAUAUAAAGAUGUAUAUGCAUAAUACAUAAUUUAAUAGAAAAUGCUUAAUUUAAAUUAUCACUUUGUUUGACAGAAUAUAUGUUGGGCAUUUUAUCAUGAUUAAAAUACUUAUAAUUGCUUUUAUAAGAGGCUAUAUUUGGCUUUGACUAAAUUAAUGCACAAGAGGCUUUAUAAUCUGUAUCGGCACUAAUAUACAUGUACAAUCAAAUUUGCUAUUUGAUAAUCGAAUGAAUAAAUGAUUGAUUAUUUUUAAUUAUUUGUGAUACUGGGAUUGACAAUUGUUUUUGAUAACUGUGAUAUUAGUACAUUGUUUGACGAUAUUUUGCUGGAGCUUAUCAAAAAAAGAAAAAAAUUGAUAUGUAUCAUUUGUUACAUGGUUCUAUGUUGCAGGAUUAAUAAAGUUAACUUUCGCUUUCUUGGA